AUGAAUGAUCUGGUUCUUGCAGGAAAAGUUGACUUCCGUCAAAAGUCCUUCUUCAGACAGUAUCCCCUUCAAGUCGGUAAUGUCACUUUCUUCGUCAAUCCACAUGUUCUUUCACAGGCUUCACCAGUUUUUGAGGUAAUGACGCUAGAUGAGAAUUUUGUUGAAAAGCGGAACUUAAAGGCGUGUUUAAAGGACGAAAAUCCCGAAGAUAUUGAAACUUUUUUAGAGGCAGUUUGUCCUACUUAUUAUGGAGUUUAUCCUGAAACUGUGAAUGAAACAACCUUCCCAGUCUUGGCUCGAUUAGCGGACAAAUUUUUAGUUGAUGGCUUGAAGUGUGGUUGCGAAGAGUUUAUUCUGCAGUGCCACUUCAGCAGGCUAUCCGCAAAUGCGUUAAUGAAGAUGUUGAUCGCAUGCUGCUUGUUCAAUUUCCGAAGCGAGUUCAAGAAGUUUUUGCUCAAGCAGUUGCUGAAGAUAAAAAGGCACAAUUUUUUGAUAGACGAUGAACUCAAACAGUUUGCUGUUGGACGGAUUGUUUGUCGCGAAAUAGUGUCGUACGUCUUUCCUUUUUUUCCUCUUUCGUUACCAGUUUUACCAGUCGAAACUCACCUUAAUCUCUCUCUCUCUAAGCUUUUUACAGGCGGCCAUAUCCGAAGCAUUUUGUCGUUUUCUGCGAAAAUUCAAAUAGAUGUCAAGUUUGUAGAACAGUGUUCAGCCUUGCCCUCUUUCGCUGUACAGUUUGCUUCACCAAGGUGUGCCUUCAGUGUUCUAAUUCCGUAUGCUUUCGAAGUCUCCGAUUCCGGAUUUACUAACCCUUAUGACUUGUACAACCGUUAA